UCGCAGUCAGUAUUCAGUAAGCAACAAGUGAGCGAGCCAGCAACAGCUACCAGCUGAGCAACUAAAGAGUUUUAUCCAAGUGCUAAACUAGUAAAAUCACAUCAAGAUGCGUUUGGGACAGACCGUACCUAACUUCCAGGCCGACACCACCAAGGGACCCAUCAGCUUCCACGAGUGGCAGGGCAACUCGUGGGUGGUGCUCUUCUCCCACCCCGCCGACUUCACCCCCGUCUGCACCACCGAACUGGGCAGAAUUGCGGUGCACCAGCCCGAGUUCGCCAAGCGGAACACCAAGUGCCUGGCGCACUCCGUGGACGCACUCAACUCGCAUGUGGACUGGGUGAACGACAUCAAGAGCUACUGCCUGGACAUUCCCGGGGACUUCCCCUACCCGAUCAUCGCCGACCCCACUCGGGACCUGGCCGUCAGCCUGGGCAUGCUCGACGAGGAGCAGAAGAAGGUCCCCGAGGUGGGCAAGACCAUCCGCGCCCUGUUCAUUAUCAGCCCGGACCACAAGGUGCGCCUCUCCAUGUUCUACCCCAUGUCUACUGGCCGCAACGUCGAUGAGAUCCUGAGGACCAUUGACUCUCUUCAGCUGACUGAUCGCCUCAAGGUGGUGGCCACUCCAGCCAACUGGACUCCUGGCACCAAGGUCAUGAUCCUGCCCACUGUCACCGAUGAGGAGGCCCACAAACUGUUCCCCAAGGGAUUCGACAAGGUCUCCAUGCCAUCUGGAGUGAACUACGUGCGCACCACCGAGAACUACUAGAGCGCUGAAGAUAGUAAUUAACUUGAAUUCCCGAUUCCGCUUUGUGCCAUAAAUUAGUUCAUAACAAUUUGUAUUAAAAAUUUAUUGUUACAAAAUAUCCAAAUCCAUUUUGUCACUGUUAAUAAACAGCUUCAAAACACAAACCAA